CCUUGAUAACGAUAUGCACCGGCUGCGACUAUACAAUUUAUAACAAGAAGCUAUUUUAAAACUGUUUUGAAACAAAAGCAACAAGUGAUGGACUGGGAAGCAUGAGUGGACUGUUGAAUGAAGUUCAGCGCAUCCUCGGUGAUGUGCGCUCGGAGAAGCCAGCCACACGAAGCAAGGGCAUUGAACAGCUGGACGAAAAGUUGGCCAACUGCAGAGAUGAUUUGAAUGCGCUGAUCCUGGACAAAAGGAACGAUUUGUCGUGGCCCAAUGUUUUUGAUGCAUCCAAAGAGGCACUUUUCAAGCACGCCUCAAAUUUGCACGAUGCCAACGAGAAAGCUUUCAAGACAUUGGCGGCAAAGAGCUACUUGUAUGGCAAUGUUCUGGAAAGGAUUACAAAAUUCAAUAUAGAAGCUGGCAGUGACACAUCUGGAAAGGGUCACUUCCUGGCAAAGAUAACCAUCUUUAGUGCAUUCGAAGAGGGCAUCAAAAUGCGAACUGUGGUGAAGUACUUUGGCGAUCGAUUCAUGAACUUACUUGAGCGGGGCAUCUACUCCUCGCCCAGCUAUGUUCGCGAGCUAAAAAUCAAUGAGUACAGUCGCAUCCUUUCGUACCUGUUUGAACUGAAUGUGCACGAUGAUGAUUUUCUACGCAAUAGGAUAUUGAAAUGCAUAACCAAGACUGUUGGCUUGGCCAAGGAGCGCGUUCAGUUGCACGUUGAUCUUGUGGAAUACCUGCCAGAGCUGAUCAACUUUGCUCAGACGGCAAAUGCUGCCAGAAAAACGGAUAUUGUUCGUUUAUAUUUCCUAUUCGCCACAGAGCUCUCUGUGAACUACCACCAUCAAUUGUGCCUCCACAUGCAAGAGAUUCUGCCCAAACUGUGCGAAUAUCACAACGAGGAUGUGUUUCGCGACGACACCAGAAAAAUAUUCUUCCAGUGCGUCAUUCAUUCACUGCAUUCGCUAUAUCCCAAGCUCAGCGUUUGCGAUUUCAACACCUUUGGGGUGCCGCUCAACGAGAAAUGGCCACAGACCAUGCUUAGGCUGAAGACAAUCGUGGACAUGGAAAUACGCAAGAAUUCUUUGGUCCGCUAUAAGACCGCAAAACUGAGCAAUGACAAGUUCUGCGAGUCCUUCAUCAAGAUGUCGGCGCUGGUCAUGUAUAUAGUGCUAUGGGACUUGGAGUUACGGAAAAACGACUCGAAUGGAGAUGGGGAUGCGCCCAAGAAGCUACGCAGACCCUCGGACAAAAUGGAGGUAUUGUUCGGGUUGAUUGACAAGAAGGAAACCACAUUCGAUGAUGUCUGGUUUGCCAUAUAUGCAGAGGUACUGCAGUUGAGCAUUGUGGUCCUGAAUGUGGCCAACUACCAGCAGGCAUUAAGCACUGUUCUGGGUAUCCUGCAAAUGUAUGGCAAUGUCAGGAACCUGACAAAUGUGCGCAUAUGCGUGAGAUGCCUGCUCGCAAAGGAGCGAGAGCUGUUACAGUCGCAAUCCAUACAGGAGAACUAUCUGGCUGACUUGUGGAGUCAAAUGGGAAACCAUUUGAUAUCCGUGACCACCACGAUCAGUGAGGAGAUCAAGGAGAAGCAACUAAUGCUGCAGAUGCUGAUCAAACACGACAAAUUGAAUCAUAAGAUGGCCUCUAGCCUGUUGCACAACAUCAUCUCGAAUGAGAUGCUGAAGCGCAACGAAUGCAUUGCCACCAUACGCGAGAUUUACAUACGUGCAGGACAAUGCGGUCAGGAUAAGGCAUCGGCUGCACUGGAGCCCAUUAUUAGCUGGGCCUAUGGCAGCGGUGGGAGAAGCAGUGUCACUCAGGUGAUACACAAUAUAGCCAGCAUUGAUGCCAACCUCCUGGCAGAUACAUUUUCGAUUAGCAUCAUCAACUUUCUGGACGAGCAGCAGCUGCAACAGCUGUGCAACAGCCCAGAUCCAGGCACAGUCCCAACCGAUCAGAAUCUCAUAGCCUAUAGAUACAACAAGCAACUGCUUUGCCUGGACAAGGAAUAUGUGGCGCCUGUUAAGUCUGCCAACCAGCAGCUGCACAGCAAACACAAGUCGCCAGCAAAGAACUGCCUUUACCAAAGCAAUUAUGAGUUUCUUAUGCGCAGCCUCAACUUUCCGAGUGCCAGCGAGAGUCAAGCGGCUGCCAUACUAAAGAAUCUGAACAAUCUGGAGAGGCUAGUCUGCACCAUGGAGAGACUUCUUUACUACAAAGUCUUCGAUGCCGACAAUUUUACUGGCUGUCCUUUGAUCAAGAGAAUAGGCCUGUUUUUGAGCCACAUUGAGUUCCAAUACAAAGCCAAUUGUACAGAGAUGAUGGAUGAGAGUGACCUGCGUGAGAUUCUUCGGCAACAGAUCGCUGUGCUCACGGUUUUCCGAUCUAAUUCCAUUCUUUUGGACUACCUGGAGAGACAACCCAUAGAAAUGUUGGUGGAAUUUACAGGAUCUACUCUCAAAGAUCAUUGCAUGCGCCGGGAGCGAUCUGAUAGUGCGGUUCAUGCUACCAUAACAGCUCAUUGUUUGCACAUUUUGGGGGCUCUGUGCAGCCUCAGUUCGCAUCAUGACGAGUCCUUUGAAUACAUCUCGAAAAUUACUAUGCGUUGGACGCCUUCAGAUGUGAUAAUUGUGACCAAGAUGCUGUGCAGCUGCGACAGUAUAUCGGAUGCAGCCAUCAUAUGGCUGGUGGACAAACUGAAGUACGUUUUCCAGCAUCAUCAUCUCGAUUUGGAUGUCAUCAAUGAGAUAGUGGAUCAUAUUCCUACUAUUUUCCACUUUGUCUACCAUACGGAACAGCAGCUGGAUGACAUGUGGAUGGCGUUGAGUUCACUGCUGAAGAUUGCUCUGAAGAAAUCCUAUACCUCCCGCCUUACAGCCAAAAUUGUGCGUUGCGUUGGCUCGAUUGCCGAGCGUUGUCCGGACAUCUAUCUGAUGGAAAACUUUUUGGUGCUCUGCAAGUCCACGGCGAAAUUCAUUACCAUGCCCACGCUAGAUGUGCGCUUUGCCACGAUCUCUACCCUGGGCAUUGUUCUCAACACAAACUGCGUGGCCAGCGAUCCAAUCAGCCAUUCGCUGCAGCACUCGGAAUUCUGUAGGGAGCUGUACGAGAGCAUUGAAUUCAAAAAGCUUGCGUUCAACGAUGAAGAUGACACACGGAAUAGCAACUCGAUGAUGGUGCAAAUGCUUCUAGCGAUAUUUUCCCUUGGUUCGUUUCACCAGGAGAUUGCUCUAAAGGAGCUGCUGUAUCAUUGUGCCCGACGAAGGUUGGGAGAGGCUGAAUUUGUGGCAUUGCAAAAUCAAGUUCCGGGCGCUGAUCAAACCAUGCGCGAUCGCAUUCGUCCCUAUGCCGAUAUUCUGCUGCACAAGUGGAGCUCUCAGCGCUGGCCAAUUUUAAAGUUUCCCUAUUUUCUGUGCUAUGAAUCGAAGGACGCUUUUCGAAAAGCCCAAAGCAGCAGAAUCAUGGCCUAUUCAUUCCUCUAUGGGCAGCCCGAGGACAUACAUCGCCACAGAAAGUCCAUCAGCAUAGAGGCGGCCAUGCCCAUGAUUGCAGCUUUCGUGCUGCCCCAGAGCUGUCUUUGUGCCGAAAGCGAAAGCCAGGACUUUCGGGAGCAUCACCUGUUGCUGUCAGAGAAUUUGCAGCACUACAAACUCAAUCCCAAGGAAGUGUCUCUCAAUGUGGAGACGCUCUACAUUGUGAUUAGUUGGCUGCACGAUCCGCAGGAAAUGGGGAGAUUAUUUGGCCCCUCGGUGCCCUGCACCCAAAUACGCUACUGGUAUAAUCUGACAGGGGAGUCGCUCUUCAAAUGCCUCAACUGGUUUAUAUGUUCUAAUAGCAGAUCCUCGGGGGAUGAUCGCCUCCAGGCCAUGUCCAUGCUUCAGAUCAAGCAUUCAUGCAUAUUAAUCGAUCUGUUAGGGCUCUUGAAGACCGAUUGCUUCAAUGCCAUCUUCCCCAGCCAAGCCAUUAAUGCCUUUUUUCUGUACUGCGCCAUAGCCAAUGCUCUAUACGAUUCGGCGUUGGCUCUCGAGGGACCAAAAACCGUCAUUCCAAUCUCUUACUUUGUGCGGGACAUUUGGUUCUUUGUCGUUAGGUUUCUGCUUCACAGCAAGUGCAGUCAAGUGCAUCUGUGUGCUCUCUCCUUCCUGGAUCUACUGCUCAAUAAGCCUGGCUUCGGAUCGACUGACUUCUCGAAUCACAUGACUGAGAUAGCCAAGCUAUUGAUAUGUUUUCAGAUGCACUGCGAUGUGAAAGCCGUCAAUGAGAAGGUCGUGGAGGUUGUGAAUCAUAUUCUGAGUGCACACAGCACCCAGAUCGACAUACAAUCCAUUCUGGAGGAGAACUCGGAAUGCCAGUUUCUUCAGAAACCCAAUGCUGCUCUACAACACGUCGACAGGACUGAUGUGCCUAGCUUUCUGCGCUCAUUCCUCAAAAAUCCGACAGCAGAGCGCUUGCAUGACCUUAGGAUUUAUAUUGCCGAGCACAAGGACCAGUUGCAGGCGCACGAAACACUUCUCUUGGAGGUGAUCAAACGUCUUAUUCAAAUGGCUCGAUGUGCGCAAAGUAAAGAGAGCAGCAAUCUGGAUGCCAUGAAGUGUCUGGCCCAAAUAGGACCAUGGAAGCUAACAAAUAUUUCAUAUUAUUUUCAAACCGACUUUGAUUCCUUCGAAGAGUCGGAGCUAGAGCCCAUGGAGAAAUUCUUGGUCGUGAUAUGUGAAGUACUGGAGAAGUAUUUGUUCCAGUUUGACCCCAAGACGCAUGACGCUCUUGUGGCCGUUGCCAUUCAGGUUGCGAACAGCAAGCCCGCCGCCACGAUAUUGAAUCGCUUCAAGAACCUACAAAUCUUUGUUGAGAAGUCACCAGAAUCGAGUUUCCUGAAUGCACAUCAGCACAUACCACCCAUAGAUUGGCUGAAUGCUCUCAAAUCCAGCCAGGACUUGGAAUAUGUGCCCUGGAUGUGUGCCUUCGUGUCGCAGGUUUUUAGGGCUUGCGGCUGGCAGGGAUUCGAUGCUUUGGCUGCGUCUUCCUUUCCGUUUGCCGAGACCUGUCUGCAGCCAUUUAUCAAGUUGUUGUUGGCCAACAAACAGCAGCAGCACCUGGAGAGUCUCUGUCAAAUGUUGGACUACUUUUUCGAAGGUUUCGCCAGCUCCACGGCAGCUGCCCAAACCCAAAAUAUAUUCCACAACAAGCGGGCUAUUAAGAAGUGUUUGCACAUUUGCGAGUGCAUACGGAUCGUCAACAAUUGGAGCAUUCCCAUCAAGCUGGAAAAUGUGGUCAGGGCCAGUAAUCACUGUCAGGCCUAUUUCCUUAGCGUUAUGUACCUGGAGCUGUGGGCCUGCGGCUCAGUAAAAUCCAAAUUCCUGGAUGAUGAGUCCUUUCAGUCUUCGGCCAAAAAGGCUUACGAGUCGAUUGGUUGUCUGGACGCCAUUCCUGGCUUUGUCAAUCCCAUGCGCUCCCGCGUGGAUUUUCACGGUCGCAACAACAACUUGUCCGCCAUUCUGCUGGAGUCGGAUCACCUGGACAGUGCUAGCAGUCAGAUGGCUGUGGAUCUCAUGAAGGGUAACGGUCUGUGGUCAUUUGCCAAACUGCAGCAGCAGGAGCCGGACUAUGAAAUCUUCUGGCGACUUGGCCAGUGGGAUAUGCCAUCCGAUCAGCAGCCACAACAAUUGAAGCACAGCACUGGGGCCACCAUUAAUUUGGAGCAGGAAUUCAAGCGGCAUCAUUUUGUGGCACUUAGGAGCAUUGGGCAGCGCGAGGAGGAGAACACCCUUUCGGCCAUUGGGAGUGGCUAUGAGUGCGUGCGCAGGAUUCUACAAGACAACAGCAUGGAGUGUCUGCAGAGUGUGUACAAGUACCUCACAUGGCUGUGCACGCUCCAGCAGGCAGAAGACUUUUGUGAGAUCCAGUUUGGGGCACAGCUAGACCCGGGGCAGAUGUCUAAACUCUUUGGAAAAUGGCAGACGGAACUGGAGCUUAGUUACGGCAACUUUUCAUGCAAGGAGUAUAUCAUUUCGCAUCAGAUUGCACUCUUCAAGAUGGCAGGAACGCGGGCCAGCCGUCGCAUGCAGGACUAUUACAAGGAAAACCCCAUGGACACGUAUCUGUUGAAGGGGAUUAGCGAGUGCAAGGCGGCGGGGAAGCUGAACAUAGCCUCUAAAUACAUUGGGAUGCUGCGAGAGCUACCCAAUAUUAAGGCAUCCACCAAGAUCUGCGUGCUGCUGGAAGAUGCCGAUGUUAAUGUGAAAAUGGGUAAUCAUCAGAUAGCCAAGGCCAUCCUGGAGUACGUGGUCGAAAACCAAGAGUUCGUCUAUUGCGUGCAGCGGGUCCCAGCCGUGCUCAUGCAGGGAGAAUUCCUCAUGGACUGCAAUGCCGACAGCUUGAGCUCAGUGCUGAAGAAUAAAUUCAAUUACUCGAUCCAGCUGAUCGAUGACUUUGUGCUGCAUAAAGAUAAACUGAGCGCAGCGUAUCCGCAGUCCUUCAAGUGGCAGGAGCUUGAAACCUUUGCUAGGCAGCAUCGCACAGCGGCCUAUGAGGCCAUGGCCAAGUAUGCCGAUCGGGAGUACCAGCAGCUGCACGAGUAUCGCCACUCGCAGGACUACCAGACGCUGAAGGACAUCAUAGAGCAGAAUCGUUUAGUGGCGGAAACGGUAUCGAAUCGCGAGUCCCAAGACAAGCGCAUCAUCUCCAAUCAAAUGAAGCGCUAUGCCCUACUGGACGAGAUGGAGCUGAAGCGCAUUGAACAGAAUCUUACAGAGCAUUUGUGCACGGCUGUGAGGAAUCACAUUGCCUACUGCAGGCUGGACAGCGGCUUCUCCAGCGCUGCCAUCUAUCGCAUCAUCUCGCUGUGGUUCACCAAUGCCCACAACGAGCAGCUGCAGAAGUGCAUCAAUGAGGAGAUCCUCACAGUGCCCAGCUACAAGUUUAUUUGUGCCACCAACCAACUGACGGGGCGUCUCAAUUCUAAAAACCCCAGCCUGCUUAAGAUCCUGUUCGAGCUAUUGGUCCGCUGCGGCCAGGAUCAUCCACAUCACACCUUUUACAAGCUGUAUCCCCUGGUAUUAGCCCGCCUGGACGGCGAUGGCAGCAACACGGAACGGGCGGGCAUUGUCCGUAAGAUAAUAACGAAAAUCUGUGAGAAGAAUCCCCUAGCAGACAGAUGCAGCAAGCAGCUGGAGGCAGUGCUGCCAGCUAUUGUCACGUUUGCAAACGAGGGAAUAUCCGAGAACCGCCAUCAACCAAUGAAUAUUGCGAUGCGGCUGAAGCAGUUCGAGAAGGUGAGGCGUCAUAGGAAUCUCGAUGCCAUGCAGUGUCCCACCCUGGAGCUACCCAUUUGUCCCGACAAGGAAUACAACAACAUUACCAGCAUCUGCAAGUGGACGAAUGAAAUUGGCAAUUGCGGUGGCAUUAAUGCGCCCAUCAGAGUGCAGUGUGUCUGCUCCGAUGGCCAGACACGGGCACAGCUGAUCAAGGGCAAGGAUGACCUGCGUCAGGAUGCCGUCAUGCAGCAGGUCUUUGGGAUUGUCAAUCAGCUGCUGAAACAGGACUCUGAGUUCAUUGAUCGCAAGCUGCAACUUCGCACGUACACAGUGACGCCCCUGUCUAUGCGCAGCGGCAUCUUGGAGUGGUGCCCCAACUCUAUGCCAGUAGCCGAGUACCUGGUGGGACGAGAUAGCAAGAGCGGCGCCCACAUAAAGUAUCAUCCCAAUGACUGGAAGAACGUGAAAUGUCGCACCUUACUAGGGAGCCAUGCGAAGUCGUCCAAGGAGAAGCGAUUUGAAGUCUUUCAGGAAAUAUGCGCACAUGUGACGCCUGUUUUUCACUACUUUCUGCUGGAGAAGUUCCCCAUACCGGGUGUGUGGUUCGAGCGGCGUUUGGCCUACACAAACAGCGUAGCCACCACCUCAAUGGUGGGCUACGUUCUGGGAUUGGGCGAUCGGCAUGUGCAGAACAUUCUGAUUGACCAGCAAACAGCCGAAGUGAUACACAUAGAUUUUGGCAUCGCUUUCGGUCAGGGCAAGAUAAGUGCAACACCAGAGACGGUACCCUUUCGGCUUACACGUGACUUUGUUGCUCCCAUGGGCAUCUGUGGAACUAAGGGAGUGUUUACCAAGUCCUGCGAGGCCACCAUACAUAUACUGAGGCGUUACAAGUCCGUCUUCACCACCAUACUCGAGGUUCUGCUCUACGACCCACUCUUUAUUUGGGGUGUACUCAGAAAUAGGCAAUCUUCCCAGGAGUCCAGUAAAAGCGAGGAAUCGAUUAAUCUGGUGGCCCAGCGUGCCCUGCUUCAGGUGCAAAAUAAACUAGAGGGUCGGGAGGCAGGUACCCUCGGUGACUCGAAUGUGGAGGCUCAAGUGGAACGUCUGAUCAACGAAGCCACUCUGCCGGACAAUCUAUGUAUGCUCUUUACCGGCUGGGAUCCAUAUCUAUAAGGAAACGCACAUCACACAUUGUGGAGCACCACAAAAGUACAUCACAAUUGUUACCCAGUUAUCAACAAGAUUAGAAAUGUCGUUAUUUUUUAUGUUCUAUUUUGCAUUUGCUUCUAAUCUGUGAAACAAAUUCCUUUUCGCGAAAUUCGGUUGUGGUUUUUAUAAAAGGGAAACAUAUAAGUGGUUGCCAUUAUCUUUGAGCUGUCAAAUAAUGUCAUACUUCCACUAAAGUUGUACAAAUAUGUAGCUUUUAUAUAACUACACUACAACCUCAGAAAAGAUUGUAACGCAUAAAAGUGGGAAUUUCUACAAUGGGUUCAUUAGCACAUAAUACAUUGAUAAACGUAUAGUGGUUACCUGGUAAUCGGGUAAAAAGUUCAAGGGUAUAUUGUAUUUUUUGCUCCCGGGAAGUAAUGUAGGUAAUGUAAUCUAUGCAAAAAUCGUAUGAUACCAUGAUAUAGGAGACUGUAAGCGUUAAGGGAAACACAAUUGCAAUGGUAAAACCUUUCAAAUAUAGUUAUUAUCUACUAAUCUAA